AGUGGACCUGUUGGGGAUGGGGAUUGGGGGAGGGAGGCAGGGAGGGACACAGAUUCUUUGUAGCGUGAGUUUUGUGCGUCCAACAACGUUAAAGAUUCGAGUCCACUCGGAAUCCAACCGCUUGAGUUGACACCACAGACCUCCUAGGCCCAUAUCAGGCCCUCCUCUUUUCUUUUCUUUUUCUUUUUCAUUAAAUUUCCCGUUUAAUAAUGAAAAAACCCUAGAGUACCCACAGGCCACGACUGAAGUGCUCUCUAUAUAAAACGGCAGUUGUUGCAGUGUGAAGUGCAGGGUGUGGCGGCUGUUCAAGAGUUGAGUCUCCGAGUAUGGUGUCUCUCAUUUUGGGUUCGGUACUUCGCUAACAUUUUACUCAGUUCAAAACUGUAAAAGAUGAGCUUGAUGUAGACAUUGCUAGAAUAUAGAGGAUUUACAUUCGUUCUUUCAGAUGGCGGUUUCAUCUUUCCCUUGUAUUCAACCUGUAAGAGCUCCUUUCAGAGCCUGCAGCUUGUUUUCUACUGGAGUUUGUGGUAGAUUCAGGAACAAGAAGAAGAUAAAUGCUAUUGUCUUUGCUUCUUCGAGGAAAUUAGAUAAAGAUAUCGACCUUCAAUCAAAGGUUGAUACGUUGUUGGACAGUAUAAAAUGGGAUGACAAAGGUUUAGCAGUGGCUAUAGCUCAAAAUGUUGACACGGGAGCCAUAUUAAUGCAAGGGUUUGUCAACAGGGAUGCUCUAGCCACAACCUUCUCUUCUAGGAAGGCAACAUUCUUCAGUCGGUCACGGGCAGCAUUGUGGACAAAGGGAGAAACUUCCAACAAUUUCAUCAACGUUCAUGACAUCUUUGUUGAUUGUGAUCGUGAUUCUAUAAUUUACCUUGGGAAGCCAGAUGGCCCUACAUGCCACACAGGUUCGGAGACGUGCUAUUUCACAUCAAUAAGUGAUCUGUUGAAGGAGCAAGAAGUUGAAGAAAAUAACUUGGCACUGACAACUUUGUACUCAUUAGAAUCUACAAUUUCCCAACGAGAAUCAGAGUUAGCAGGACAGCAUGGAAAGCCGUCAUGGACUAAACGGCUGUUGCUUGACGAAACUUUGUUGUGCUCAAAGAUACGGGAAGAGGCAGAUGAGUUGUGCCGAACACUCGAGGAGAAAGAGGACAAUUCACGUACUGCCUCAGAAAUGGCAGAUGUGAUAUACCAUGCCAUGGUUUUGCUAAGGCGUAAAGGUGUAAAGAUAGAAAAUGUUCUAGAAGUUCUUCGGAAAAGAUUUUCUCAGUCGGGUAUGGAGGAGAAGCAAAGCCGUGUAACAACACAAAACUGAGAUAUAAGCUGUGCUGUAGAUUGGAUUCUUUUAUCCCUGGCUUGAUUUUGAUCCAAUUGUCUACUGAGGACAGAUUUGAAUAUUGUAUCACCAUAAGAGAAAAACUUUUAUGUACCAAAACCACAGUUUGAGAUCCACCAUUGUCAUAGUGUGAAAUCGUGAUUCGUGUAGAAGCCAUGAUUUUGUCUUUUCUCCGUAGCAUUUUUUCUCUGCAAACUUACGGGUUUUGUCUUUACACAGCAGUUCCUGGAUUCAGUUUGUACCGGUCGUGGGAUCAAAUACCCAGUUUCCUGAAUUAUUUGAUAAUAUGAUUUGUGUAAAUACUAAUGGCACAGAGUCGAUUUUCUGUCA